AUGUCGGCAGAGGGUUGGGAAAUCCCGCGCCGAAUCGAUGGAUUUCAGGGUCAAGAUACAGUUGAAAUAUUGCGGAUCACUCUGGAAUCUUGGGUUACACAGGCUGUCGAACAGUUCAAAGGCAGCAAGGGGAUCCUGAAGAUAGGUGGCCUGACCGAUAAAUUGAAUGAUGCGCCUGAAGUGAAGAUGCAGCUGGAUGGGGAGAUCCACCAUGUGCUAAGCAAUUUGCGAGGAGAACAGUUUCGCCAGGUGGUGAAAAAGCACGACGAAGCCACUCGUGCAUUUGCAGCUUACUUGAUGUUGGAUGGCUGCCCCGGAACUGGCAGUUCAGAGACGCUGCUUAUUCUGCGGUUUCUGGAAAUGAUUGAAUCUCGGGCACUGGAGGAGGGCACUAAGAGCUUGUGCCAGGAGGACUGCGUACCACUCCUCGAAAUCCAUUGCCAAGUUGUCGCAGAAGGGCUGGAAUUGCAUGUCAUGUCACCUCCUCAUGCUACAGCCAAAGCAUUUGUGCAGGAUCUGAAUUUGCGAAUCCAACAGUCCAUUUCCAACCUACCUCUCGCAAGCGUGCCGGUGGAGACUACGCCUGCUGCGUCAGAGAGUGAGCUCAAGGCGAUCUGGGCCUGGAAUGCCACGGUACCUGCAGUGGUGCAGACCUGCGUGCACCAUAUCAUCGCGGAGCAAGCCCGACUACAGCCACAUGCACCCGCAGUCUCGGGCUGGGAUGGCGAGUUGGACUAUGAAGAGCUAGACCAGAUAUCCACUCGAUUAGCCCACCACUUAGUGCAGCUCGGUGCUGGGCCGGAUGAUAUCAUCCCACUCUGUUUUGAGAAAUCCAAAUGGAUGAUUGUGGCUAUUUUGGCCGUCAUGAAAUCAGGGGCAGUCAUCGCCGCCCUGGACGCAACCCAGCCUGUGGAUCGUCUACAGACCAUUGUGAAGCAACUACAGCCGCGCUGGAUGAUUGCAUCGUCCGCUCAGGUUGAAGUGGCCACUUACCUAGGUAUCAGUAAUGUUAUAACUCUCGACGAAAGCCAAAUACAGCAAUUUCCGGACUUCAAAGACAGAGACCUUCCAACUGUUGACCCAUCCAGUAACCUCUACGUUGUUUUCACGUCCGGCAGCACUGGAACUCCCAAGGGAGUCAUGAUCAAUCAUGCCAAUUUUAGUAGCGCCAUCGCCUACCAGCAUGAUGCACUAGGGAUUAAUAAUACGGCCCGAGUUCUCGACUUCGCAUCAUACGCCUUUGACCUGGCCUGGGGAAAUAUCAUACAUACCUUGGCUGCGGGGGGUUGCCUCUGCAUCCCGUCUGAAAGUGAGCGCCGUGGAAACAUCACUGGGGCAAUCCGUAGACUUGGGGUAAAUCAUCUCCAGCUGACCCCUAGCGUUGCUCGCCUAAUUGAUCCUCGAGAUAUUCCCGGUUUGAGAUUAAUUCUGUUGAUUGGAGAGCCAAUGACCCAGGCCGAUGUUGCUCAAUGGACGCCAUACUCCAAGCUGAUCAAUUCCUAUGGCCCAGCCGAGUGCACGGUGGCGGUGACUUUCCAGACAAUCCUCCAUGGCAAAGCCUGGGACUUGAGUAUGGGGAAAGGCGUCGCUUGCAAUACCUGGAUAGUUGAUGAGAUCCAUGGGAAGAGACUAGUGCCCCUUGGCCACACAGGAGAGCUGUGGCUGGAGGGGCCGCUGGUCGGACAAGGGUAUCUGGGAGACUCCAAGAAGACUGCAGCAAGUUUUGUGGACGAUCCUGACUGGUUGAUGAAGGGAAUACCCGGUGUCCUAGGACGCCGAGGUCGGCUAUACAAAACUGGGGAUCUCGUGCGAUAUAACCGGGACGGCUCGUUGAUCUAUGUUGCUCGCAAGGAUACACAGGUCAAGAUCCGGGGCCAGCGUGUAGAGCUAGGCGACGUGGAAUACCACCUGAAGCUUGCACUACCCGACAGGAUUGUAUCAGUUGCAGCUGAAGCCUUCACCCCACGGGGUAGCAGUAGUACCAUCUUGGUCGCAUACCUAGCUCUCGGCGAAGUAGCAAACGGCUCCAUGGAGAGCACCCGGGAGUGUCUUGCCAGUUGUCUGGAUGGGGUGGAAGAAUACCUGACCGAGCAACUCCCUCGGUACAUGGUGCCCAGCAUGUAUCUUGCAAUCCCCCAGAUCCCUAUGACUACCACAGGAAAGAUAGACCGGGUACGUCUGCGUGAGAUCGGGUCUUCGUUAACCCUAGAUCAGCUGGCAGAAUUGCAGCCCUCGCGAGCAGCGGAGAAUAAGGCUCCUCAGACCGAGAUGGAGUACAGGCUUCAAAAGCUCUGGGCAACGACGCUAAAUAUAAGGCCUGACAGCAUAGGCUUAGGGGAUAGUUUCCUCCGGAUUGGCGGCGAAUCGAUGGCAGCAAUCCGUCUGGUGCAGCUCGCCCGGAAAGAGGGAAUCCUGCUGACGGUAGCCGAUAUUUUUAAUCAACCACGCCUCAGCGAGAUGGCGCAGGCAGCCCAGGAAGAACAAGCUUUGGCUGUGCCGACAGUUCCUCAUUUUUCCCUGCUUCGCCGCAGAUGGGAAGGGGAAACAGAUGAUGCCCGUGCUCUGGCUGCAGCCAAAUGCGGGGUUUCGGCACAAUCCAUCGAAGAUCUCUUGCCCUGUACACCACUCCAGGAAGGUCUUUUGGCCCUGACUGCCAAACGAGACGAAGAGUAUGUCCACCAAAUUGUAUCCAAGCUCCCAGACAAUGUGAAUUUGGUGCGCUUCAGGACUGCCUUGGCUGAGGUGAUUCAUGAAGUUGCGAUCCUGCGAACUAGGAUUGUAGACCUGCCCAAUGCUGGGCUUAUGCAAGUUGUGAUCACAGACCAGCCAAAAUGGACCGCGGGCAGCGAUCUCGGUCAAUUCUUGGAGUUAGAGAAGGGAAAGAGUAUGGGUCUAGGGACGCCCUUAACCCGGUUUGGCCUGGUAUUAGAUCCGGCGGACGGCCACGUCCAUUUCGUCUGGACAAUCCAUCAUGCAUUGUAUGAUGGUUGGUCACUGCCACUCAUUUUAGAACGGAUUGAAGCCAUCUAUACAGGUGGCAGCUCCGAUAAGCUCCCCUCGUUUGCCGGAUUUGUGAAAUUUCUGGCCGAUUGUACGGUAGAGGACGCUCAUACUUAUUGGCAAUCUCAAUUAGAUGGCAUCCAGGCCGCGGUCUUUCCAGCCUUACCCUUCCAAGGGUACCAGCCCCAAUGCCAAAAUUUGCUCCAACACCAUAUGGCAAAUUUAUUCUGGCCCGGAAAUGAUAUUACUGCCUCCACUGCCGUCCGAACCGCAUGGGCUAUUCUCAUAGCCCGCUAUACCCUGUCUCCAGAUGUUGUCUUUGGAGCCACGGUAUCUGGACGACAAGCACCAGUCCCAUAUAUUGAACGCAUGGCUGGUCCGACAAUUGCCACUGUUCCGAUUCGAGUGAAUGUGCAGGCAGAGAUCACCGUCGCUAGUUUGAUGCAGAGUAUUCAAGCACAGGCGGUGGCUAUGAUUCCGUAUGAGCAGACAGGAUUAAAGCAGAUUCGGCGGAUCAAUUUAGAUACAGAGCAGGCGACGCAGUUUCAGUCCUUGUUGGUUGUGCAACCACCGAGUCAGCAAUCACCUUUGCAGCCAGAUCAGCAUUUACUCAAAGUGGAUCUGGGUGCUGGAGACGAAUUCCGUAAUAUCAACACCUACGCGGUUAUGUUGGAGUGCCGUCUCGGGACCCACGAUAUGCACCUUCGGAUGAGUUAUGACCGCCAGGCGAUUGAGACAGAACAGGCUGAGAGAAUAGUCAGGCAGUUUGAAGGGGUACUUCGCCAGGUCUGCAGUGAAGGGCAUGCCCAGGAGUUGGUGCGCACCGUCACGACAGCUAGUCAACACGACCUGGCGCAGAUCUGGGCCUGGAAUGCAAGGGUGCCGCAGAACAUUGAGGGCUGUGUCCAUGAUCUCGUUACAGAACGCAGCCAGCAACAGCCCGAUGCCCUAGCCAUUGAUGCGUGGGAUGGACGGCUGAGCUAUCGGGAAUUAGAUGUCCUCUCUAGCCAACUGGCCGUCUCCCUCUUGCAACGGGGGCGGGCCAGAACUCGGUGA